GGUGGCUUCGAUGAUAUUCAGAUCAGAUUCAGGUGAAGAGACUCUCAAAUUUGCUCAAAUAGAUUUGCUUAAGCAACCCUUCUGCAACCCUAGCGUCUCUUGAGACCGGAUUUGUUCCUUUGGGUCAUGAAUCAAAGAGAACAAACCCUACCGUCUCUUGAGACCGUGUUUGUUCCUUCGGCUGAGAACAAACAAGAGGGGUCCUAUUUUUGACCAUUCACGAUAAGACGUGGUCUGCACUCCUGAUCAAGUGUGAGUCAAACCCCUUGUGCCCAUAUUAUGCCGGAGAAGAAACUAGAUGCCAUUAAUGUCUUAGCGGCGAUAAUCAACUAGACAAGACCGAGAUCAAAACGGAUGAGCGUUACCAAUUAGUGAGAAGCAAGGUCUCUCGAACAAGGAGGUGCAGAAAAUCGGUUUUUUCAGGAGCAUUGAUACACACAGCUUUGUUGGGGAUCGGCAGAGAGCGAAGAUGAACAUCUUCAGGCUAGCUGGGGACAUGACUCAUAUGCUGAGCAUCGUCGUCCUUCUCCUGAAGAUACGCACCAUGAAAUCAUGUGCUGGUAUAUCUCUUAAAACACAGGAGCUGUAUGUUAUUGUUUUUGUCGCACGGUAUCUCGACUUAUUCACAACGUAUAUUUCUUUAUAUAACACGGUUAUGAAGAUUAUUUUCCUUGCUACGUCCGUCUGUAUUGUCUGGUACAUGAGAUACCACAAGGUCGUCAAGCAAACAUACAACAAGGAUCAAGAUACUUUCCGCCAUUACUUUCUUAUCCCGCCAUGCUUUGCAUUGGCUCUUCUCAUUCAUCGUUCUUUCACUGUCAUGGAGAUUCUUUGGACGUUUUCCUUGUAUCUUGAAGCAGUUGCAAUCUUGCCUCAACUUGUGUUGCUACAGAGGUCAAGCAACAUUGACAACUUGACUGUAAACUAUGUUUUCCUUCUUGGUGCUUACAGAGCUCUAUAUUUGCUCAACUGGAUUUACCGUUUCUUCACUGAGCAUCAUCACACAAGAUGGAUCCCUUGGAUUUCAGGCCUGAUUCAGACUGCUCUUUAUGCUGAUUUCUUCUAUUACUAUAUUAAGAGCUGGAAGAACCAUGAGAGGCUUAAGCUUCCUGCUUAAGAUAAAACUUUAUACUGACACAAGGAUUGACUUGCUUUUCAACCUGGAAGAGAGCUGUUUACUGUAUGUUUGAUAUUUCAUCUCCCUGUUGAUGUCUAACAUGAGAGUGGUAUCGAGGCAGGAAGCUUCUAGUUUUUUUCCUUUUUCCAAAGAAUAGAUACUCUGUGAAAGUGAAUUGGUGCGUUGUUGACAUGUAAGCUAAUUAAGGAGGCAAAUUUCUUUAGGGAUACUGGUAACUCCCAAUUAGAUGGCAGUUCAAAUGCUCAAUGAGUAUUGCUAGUGAAUACUAUUGACGGACAGAGUUCUACAAAUAAGAUACAAAAGUGGUUGGGCAUUCUCA